UGUAUUAACUUUAAUGAUUAUGGAACACAUUUUAUUUUGCUACUUUAUUGUUCUUUUGUUUUUGCUGGCACCAGGAUCACAUUAAUUUUUAAGUGUGUUAAAAUGGAUUCAUAUUAGAAAAUAGUUUUGGAAGAACUGCUUCAAACAGGCAAGUAACAAGUUUGGGCCCCCUGGUGGUACAUUACUUCAAGUGCCAUUAAUGCUGGCUUCCUGCAGUCAUUCUGUAAAUGAGGUGGCAGCCGAGAGAUGUCAAACAGCUGACAUUACAUCUAAUGGACAUGGACAUGGGUGAACACGCUUCACUCAUCAGCGCAAUGAUUUUUUCAGGCUAGCCAAUUUUACUGUCAGUUUUCAAUUUGUCUGAGUUCCAGAACAUCGGUUAAGAAGCAAAUGUCUCCUGUCAAAGUGCUCAGGAAUUGCACAGAGUUGGAGAAAUCUGUUGCAACAAUAGUGGUAAUAUUUAAUAAUCAUGCAGGUCCCGAUGGAAAACUCAGUAAAGCUCAGGCAAAAGAUUUACUUUUGGCCCAGUUUCAGAGUUUCAUUAAGGGACAAGAGCUGAAGCCAAAAUACAAAGAAAUUAUUUCUGACCUUGAUGAAGAUAAGGACAAAAAAAUAGACUUUGAAGAUUUUAUGAUAAUAUUGACAAGCCUGACAAUAAUGUCAAAUAUUAUGCAUGAGCUACAAUGUCUGACAAUGAAAAAAUAAUAACACAUUAGUUUAAACAAUUCACUUGUAAUUCACGAUGAUAUUUUAUUACACAUGCAAAAAAUGGAUGUUUGGUAGCUGUGUAGUGCAGAACCAUCCUCAGAAUUAUAAAGUUUGAUGAUGAUGAUAAAUGUAACAUAAAUGUAAGAUUAUUUAAUAUGUUGUCGGCUGCUGAUUUUUAAAAAUUAAAAUAUACAAUUGGAUAUGUCAAAAUAUGCAUCGUUGGGAGAAUUCACAAGAUUACCAACUUAAGGGGAAACCAGCAAUUAUAUUGGAGAAGGGGACAAUGGUGAUUUGUUUGUACAGUGAUUGAUAGAGGCUUUGACCUGGAAAAUGUACCAGUUAAUGAUGACUUAACUACA